UGACUGUAUCUUCCCUUCUACACAAGCCUGCUUGCCACAUCCAGCAAGAAGAAUGGGGGAAAGCACCAUCGCAGGGUUUCUAAGCCCAAACACCUCAGCCUCAGGGACAGUAGUCACAACAAACCCAAUGGACAAAACCGUGCCUGGAAGCUUCAACAGCAGGACCCUGAUCCCAAACUUGAUGAUAGUCAUCUCAGGACUGGUGGGGCUGACAGGAAACGCCAUCGUCUUCUGGCUCCUGGGCUUCCGCUUGCGCAGGAAUGCCUUCUCCGUCUACAUCCUAAACCUGGCUGUGGCUGACUUCCUCUUCCUCCUCUGCCACAUCAUAGACUCCAUUCUGCUUCUCCUCAAGUUUUCCUAUCCCAACAUUAUCUUCCUCCCAUGCUUUAACACCGUCAUGAUGGUUCCCUACAUCGCAGGCCUGAGCAUGCUCAGUGCCAUCAGCACCGAGCGCUGCCUGUCUGUCCUGUGCCCCAUCUGGUACCGCUGCCACCGCCCAAAACACACAUCAACUGUCAUGUGUGCUACGAUCUGGGUCCUGUCCAUAUUGAUCAGCAUUCUGAACCGGUAUUUCUGUGGCUUCUUAGAUACCAAAUAUGAAAAUGACAACCGGUGUCUGGCAUCGAACUUCUUCACUGCCGCGUGCCUGAUGUUUUUGUUUGUGGUCCUCUGCCUGUCCAGCCUGGCCCUGCUGGCCAAGUUGUUCUGUGGCGCUGGUCGGAUAAAGCUCACCAGAUUGUAUGCGACCAUCAUGCUCACAGUGCUCGUUUUUCUCCUCUGCGGCUUGCCCUUUGGCAUCCACUGGUUCCUGUUAAUCUGGAUUAAGAUUGAUUAUGGUGUGUUUGCUUAUGGUCUUUAUCUGGCGUCACUGGUCCUGACUGCCAUUAACAGCUGUGCCAACCCCAUCAUUUACUUCUUCGUGGGCUCCUUCAGGCACCAGCUGAAGCACCUGACCCUCAGAACGGUUCUCCAGAGGGCUCUCCAGGACGCCCCUGACACGGGUGAAAAUGGAAGCAGUGUUCCUCAGGACACGGUGGAGAUGUCAAGCAGCAGAGUGGAACAGUGAUGAAGAGCCCCUGCCCGAACCUGAGAGGUGGCUUUGGAGUGACCACAACUCUGCUGCAGUUGACAGCUUUCUGCUCUCCUCUCAGGCUUCUAACCUGACAUACCUCAGUGGUUCCCUAACGUCUUCAACUGGUCGUCAUUGACUUAGUUUUUCUACUUUUCCAGAGUAAAAGGAUUUAUCUGAAAGUAUCGCGUCUUCAUCCUUCUUGACAUUAAUAAAAUU